AUGCAGGAGGCGAGGAGGAAGAUUGGAAAGGGGACGGCAAGACCUGAAGAAGGAGACUCAGCAGUGAGAGACUACCGCUUCCAACUCCCGUCGCCGCCGCUGGACGGCAGCCCCGACUCAACUCUGGUGGUCUCCGACCUCGAGAAGCUCUCCGUGGUCGGCCACGGCGGUGGCGGCACGGUCUACAAGGUCCUGUCGCCACACCUCUUCGCCCUCAAGGUCCUCCGCCUCGAUAGGAACGCCGUCGACGCCUGGCAGCAGGCGGCUCGCGAGGUCGAUAUUUUGAUGCGAGUCGACUCUCCCUACGUCGUCCAGUGUCACGGCGUGGUUAGGGGCGGUGACGAUCGGAUUUGCUUGGUCAUGGAGUACAUGGCCAGCGGUUCGCUCCGGGACUUGCUGCUAGCUCGUCGGAGCUUGCCGGAGGAGGUCAUCGCAGUGGUGGCCAGGAGGGUGCUGGAGGGGCUGCGAUACCAGCACGGCCUGGGUAUCGUGCACCGGGACAUCAAGCCGGCGAACCUGUUGGUGAGCGAGCGGGGAGAGGUGCAGAUCGCGGACUUCGGGGCGAGCCGGAUGGCGCGGGCGCCGGAGGGAGACGAGCCGUGCAUGGGCACCUGCGCGUACAUGAGCCCCGAGCGGUUCGACUCCGAGGGGUUCGGCGGAGGAGGAGUUGGAGGGGAGUUCGCCGGCGACGUCUGGGCUCUCGGGGUGGCUCUGUUGGAGUGCUACGGGGGGCGGCUCCCGCUGGUGAAGGCCGGGAAGCGCCCCGAAUGGGCCUCGUUGAUGUGCAUGGUGUGCUUCGACAGCCAGCCGGAGGUGUCGGAGGCCGCGUCGCCAGAGUUCCGGAACUUUGCCCGCAGGUGCCUGGAGAAGGAACGGAGGAAGAGAGGAACGGUGGAGGAGAUGCUAAGCCACCCUUUUGUCGCCAACUGCAGCACAACCGAGUUUAGUCGAUGCAAGUCUUCGUGUUAG